AUGUCAGAUUCAAAGAAGGACAACCCUGGCGCAGCUGCACCCGCCGACAUCGACUUUGAAAGGGGCGAUAUCAUUGACCCCAUUGAAGCCGGAGUUGACAAGCAGCAAGCAAGCAAGGACAAGGCGCUGGGAUUGCUCGCAACUCACCAUGGAGUGUUUGAUCCGAACUCAAACGAGGCGAAACGAGUCCUCCGAAAAAUUGAUAUGAGGAUUAUGCCCAUGAUCUUUGUUGUUUACAUGCUGCAGUUGAUGGACAAGAACAGUCUGUCGUUCGCAGCAAUCAUGGGUAUCAAGACCGAAACUCAUCUUACCGCCAGUCAAUACUCAUGGCUAGGCUCAAUCGUUUACUUUGGCUAUUUGGGCGGUGAGAUUCCAGCAACCUACUUGAUGCAAAGAGUUCCCUUGGCCAAAUACCUCGCCGCCAUGUGUAUGAUUUGGGGCUUUGUCGUCGCCAUGCACGCAGUCUGUCACGACUUCGGGGGCCUUGCUGCGGUCCGCUUCCUGCUCGGCGCAAUCGAGGUGUGCACAGCCCCUGCUGUGAUUUAUAUCACCAGCUCUUUCUAUACCAAGUCUGAACAGGUGACGAGAGCUGCGAUUUGGUAUUCGACAUCUGGCUGGGCAAACGUCUUUGGCGGCUUCUUCGCAUGGUGCAUCUAUCAGGCUAAGAGCUUUCGGUGGCAAGGCUUGUUCGUCUUCUAUGGAGCUCUCACCUUCUUCGUCGGAGUUGUUCUUUGGUUCUUCCUUGCUGCUUCUCCGACAGAGGCCAAAUGGCUUACUGAAGACGAGAAGGUUAUUGCAUUGGAACGAGUCCGUCAAAACAAGACUGGUACCGAGGUAUGGCGAUUCAGCUUGCCUCAGCUCAAGGAGGCAUUCCUCGAUAUCCGGUUCUACAUGAUAUUCUUGCUCUUGGUGUCCACCGGUCUUCCCAAUGGCGGAAUCACAGCUUUCGGUCCAACAAUCAUUGCUGGCUUCGGGUUUAGCACUGAGCAGUCUACCUUGCUGAACAUGGGUUCCGGAGCCGCAACAGUGGCCGGCACAUUCCUCGCACUAGCAAUUGCCAAAUAUACCAACCGUACGGUCGCUGGAGCAUAUACCUUGGUCCUGGCAUGUGUAGGUGUUAUCAUGAUGUUCACUAUCCCCGCCAGCAAUUAUGGUGCUCGAUAUGGAGGAUACAUCCUGACUCUACAAUUGGCUAACAAGGAGAAGACUGCCAAGUACACUAUGUUGGCAUUCCUAAUCUUUACCCUGAUUCUCCUUAUCACACUCGGCGGGAUUCAUAAGCUGUGGAACAAGAAGCGAGACAAACAAGAAGCGAUCGAUGCUCAGAAUGGUGUUGUACGAGUGCACGUGGAAAACGAGGAGUUCGCGGACAUGACAGACUUCCAGCUGAGCUCUUUCAGGUACCCUCUGUAA